AUGUGGGACAUGAUCAAGGAACAUGCCGGCUGCCGCAACGUAGUUAACAUCCAUCACCUGUACUCUGAUUCACUCUUCCGCAAGCUGGCUACCGCAUGCGCCCACUUCACCCGCCAGGGCGACGAGAACGACCACCUCAGAUUCUUCGGCAGGUGCUUCGUUAGGUACUGCAGCCACUACGAGUAUGACAAGAUGCUGAGGGUGACAGGCAGACACUUCUGUCAGUUCCUGAAGGAGAUGGAUAAUCUCCCCAAGAUGAGGUUUGGAUUUCCGAAGAUGAAGUCACCUUCAAUGGUAGUGAGUGAAUAUGACAGUGAAGGUGCCUUGCUGCUCUACCGAUCAUGUCGACCAGGACUCUCCCAUUACCUAGUUGGCCAGCUCCUGCAGAUCGCCAGGGAUUUCUUUAAUAUGACCCUUAACGUGGAGAUCCUUCGCGAGGACACGGAAGCCAACGCUUACUGCACCACCUUCAGGCUGGAGUUCAACAACAGAGGCUUCGUUGAAGAGAUGCAGAAGAGAAGAGUUGGCUUCACCAAGCCUAAUUUCCCAAGCUUCAACAUCAGUAAGCUGUUUGAAUUCGUGCCGUUCGGUAUCGCCUUGGACCCGGAGCUGAGAGUGAGGUUCGCAGGAGAGCAGCUGCUACACCUGCUGGGGAUGGACCUGCUGGGGUCAGAGUUCCUCCACUACUUCAGGAUACAGCGACCACACGUUACCUUCUCCUGGGAGGCGGUAAGGAUCUCUAAUUAA